CAUAUGACUGUGUAAUGCAAUACAUGUGCAGUACAGAGCAAUCCAUGUCUUUGUGUUGAUUACUAUCACAACAAAACUGUUCAACACUUCUCACACACUCUUCACCACUGGUUUGGUGAAGACGCCAUUCACAGCAGACAUCGGUGAGGAUGUGCUCAACCACCAGACGAUAAUUGAGUGCCAAUUAACCACUGAUUAACUGAUUGAGUGAUGAAGAUAUUGAAACCCAAUUGGAUUAACCACAACGGUCGACCCAUAUUCUCGUUGGAUAUACACCCGGAUGGCACGCGAGUGGCCACAGGAGGACAGGGCGAUGACUCGGGACGGGUUGUCGUGUGGAAUAUGGCGCCCAUUGUGGACGAGGCUCUGGAGGAGAGCGAGAAUGUGGCCAAAGUGUUGUGUCAGAUGGACAACCAUCUCGCGUGUGUGAACGCCGUCCGGUGGUCGGCAAACGGCAAGUUCUUGGCCUCUGCCGGCGACGACAAAGUGAUAAUCGUGUGGACAAUCGGCGCCCGAUAUGCCAACAGUAACGGCUUCGGCGGUAAUGUGGAACAGUAUAGGGCUGUCACCACAUUGAGGGCCCAUUCGGGAGACAUUCUGGACCUGAGUUGGGCGCCGGGAGACAAUUGGUUGGCCUCCUGUUCGGUGGACAACACGAUUGUGGUGUGGAAUGCGCUGAAGUGGAGUGAGAUUGUGGUGACACUCAAAGGCCACACCGGACUCGUCAAAGGUGUCACUUGGGAUCCGAUCGGCAAAUACUUAGCCUCGCAGUCGGACGACAAGUCUCUUCGCAUUUGGAGAGUCAGCGAUUGGACAGAAGAGACAGUCGUGACGGACCCCUUCCGCGAGUGCGGCGGCACUACACAUGUGUUACGGCUUUGUUGGUCACCGGACGGGCAGUUCUUGGUGUCGGCGCACGCGAUGAACAACUUGGGUUCAGUGGCGCAGAUCAUUGAGCGCCAGAAUUGGACAACGAGUCGGGACUUUGUUGGGCACCGGAAGGCUAUCGCAUGCGUUCGGAUCAACUCAAACAUAAUGUGUUUGCCGUCGAAGAAUCCAAAGAAGUCGCAAAAACUCUGCUGUAUUGCGAUCGGGAGUCGCGACCGAUCGCUGUCCGUGUGGUUGACUUCACGCAAACGACCCAUAGUUGUGAUGCACGACCUCUUCGACAACUCGGUGCUCGACCUCUCGUGGUCUCAAAGUGGGAACCAAUUGAUGGCCUGUUCUUGGGAUGGAAGCGUCGCCUACAUUGAGUUCGAGGAGUCCGAGAUCGGGAAACCCAUGUCGUCGGACGAGAAGAUCUCUUAUAAGCAAAAACUUUACGGCAAAUCAAUGAAGAGUUCGUCGCCGACACACCAUCUCAUAGAAGAUCCCGAUAUUAUGAUAAUACAGGAGCAGAAGAAACUGCAGCAGAAUGGCUGCCAAUCGAGUAACGAGUCGUCCAAUAAAGUGGCCACAAAUGACAGCAAAAACAGCUCCAUAUCGGUGUCCAAACUGAACAAAGGACCGACUGAUAAGCAGAUUGAGGUCAUACUGGCCGAUGGGCGCCGAAGAAUCACUCCGCUCUACAUCCCACCCAUCGAUGGCAUCGCAUUCAAUAUACAGCCGACGACUUUCAGCUCUUCCAGCGAAACGAAGACUAAGAUUGUGAUUGAAAAACACGACGAAUCCAACAGUUCUAUGCACAGCACUCCCAACAAACAGACACAACAUGUGAUCAAAUCGUUGCCCAAUAUGGACACCGAACCUAUGAAAGUGAACAAACAAACGGUUCCCACGGAAUCCAAACGUAAGGUCAGUAGUGGUCUGGAGAUCAGUCCCAAUAACAGUAAACGCAAACCCGGACGACCGCCCGUCCCCUCCAAGGAGAUCAGUAAACAGACUUCCAUUGAACCUAAAAGUGUCACAACUAUUGAACCCAUGCCUAAGACAGUAGUGAAGCAUUCGGUGUCAAAAGAGGACCGCUCCUCUGCUGCCAAUAAUUUCUAUUUACCGGCCCUUAAAAUAGAUAAAACGGCGACAAUUAAAGUGUCGGUAAAAUGUGAUAAGAAAGAGGUCUCGAAGAACAUGUCGAUAGAUGUGGAGAAUGGGAUCAAUUCAAGCCAUUUGUCUGCACUUCGACUCAAUCAGAAUGAGGAGAGACAGUGGCAGGUAUUGAUCUCAUCCAAAAUCAUUGGUGUGGCCGGCAGUGAGCAUCUGAUUGCCUGUGCCUGCGAUGACAAUACAUUAUCGGUCUUUAAGACACCGACCGGCAGACGACUGCAGACACCGCUUGUAUUGAACUCUCCGAUCGCACGGCUCACCUGUCAGUCCUAUAAGAUUAUGGUCAUCACCACACAGGCAGUGCUCUGGAUGUGGGAUAUGAGCCAACAUAAGGUCAUCAUUAAAGGCGAGUCAUUACUACCGCUGCUCACAGACAACAACGUCUCCAUUCUAAGCACCGGUAUCACCGAAAUUGGUUCACCACUCAUAUGUCUGUCUACGGGGAAAUCGUAUGUGUUUGACGAGGGAUUCGGCACCUGGACUCUGGUCUCCAACACCAACGAUGCACUGAACGCAUGCACCGACCAAAAGCCACAUGCGUUUGAUCCGAGUUCUCUUCCUCUGUCGACCAUUCAGUCGCAGACAAAGACAAACAAAUCGAUGCACACAUUGUUCGUGAGUAACGCAAACCUCCAACAGUCCGGUGUCUUGAGUCAUAUCGACCAACAAUUGGCGGCGAGUUUUGUGAUCGGAUCGGCCAAAGAGUAUCGCUUUUGGUUGAUAGCGUUGGCGCAACACCUGUCCAAAGAGAACAUGGAGUGUCGGUUGCGAGAGAUGUGCCAAUACCUGAUCGGACCGAUAGCGUUGGCGCAACACCUGUCCAAAGAGAACAUGGAGUGUCGGUUGCGAGAGAUGUGCCAAUACCUGAUCGGACCGGUGUUCAAGUCGUCCAAAAGCCAAUGGGACCCUAAGAUAUUGGGCAACAAUAAGCACGAUAUGCUCAAAGAGGUCCUCUCCAUAUUAGGCACUAAUAUAAGACUUCAACGAUUGUAUACGGAGUUCAAGGAACAGUUGGAACAGAUGUUAACUCUUUAA